CGGGCGGAGCCCGGGGUCGAGUCGCCGCCUGAGCUGCCGCCGCCGCCGCCGCCGCCAGUGCGGAGACCCCGACCUGGCGGGGUAGCGCUGGGCGUGCGUGCGUGCGUGCGAGCGGGGGCGCUGACGACGAGCAGGAAGCGGCGGCCACGAGGGCGUGUGCGGCUGUCGAGGAGGAGGCUCUGGGAGGCGGCGGCCGGGCGCGUGGGGCGGCCCUCCUGGCUCAGCAUUAUGGAUCCAAGUCUCUUGAGAGAACGGGAGCUGUUCAAAAAACGAGCUCUUUCCACUCCUGUAGUAGAAAAACGUUCUGUAUCUUCUGAGUCGUCAUCAUCAUCAUCAUCAAAGAAGAAGAAAGCGAAGCUAGAACAUGGAGGAUCAUCAGGCUCUAAACAAAAUUCUGAUCAUAGCAAUGGAUCAUUUAACUUGAAAGCUCUAUCAGGAAGCUCUGGAUAUAAGUUUGGCGUUCUUGCUAAGAUUGUGAAUUACAUGAAGACACGGCAUCAGCGAGGAGAUACACAUCCUCUUACUUUAGAAGAAAUUUUGGAUGAAACACAACAUUUAGAUAUUGGACUCAAGCAGAAACAAUGGCUAAUGACUGAGGCAUUAGUCAAUAAUCCCAAAAUUGAAGUAAUAGAUGGAAAGUAUGCCUUCAAGCCCAAGUACAACUUGAAAGAUAAGAAGGCCCUACUUAGGCUUUUAGAUAAGCAUGACCAGCGAGGCUUAGGAGGAAUUCUUUUAGAAGACAUUGAGGAAGGACUGCCCAAUUCCCAGAAAGCUGUUAAGGCUUUAGGGGACCAGAUACUAUUUGUAAACCGUCCUGAUAAGAAGAAAAUUCUUUUCUUCAAUGAUAAGAGCUGUCAGUUUUCUGUGGAUGAAGGUAGCUGUCCAGUUUUCCCAGCACCACUUAUUGAAGAGGCUGUCUUUUCUUCAUUGUAUAUUCUUCCCUCCUUUAUCAAAAAUAAGCCAAAACCUGGAAACAACUCAGAUGCCCUUUAACCGUCCCUUCAUUGCCCCUAAGUGUGGUACAUCCUUACAAUGGAAUACAGCUUCGCAAUAAGAAGGAACGAAGUACUGACAUGCCCAACAACAUGGAUGAAUCUCAGAUGAGUCAUGCUUAUUGAAAGAAGCCAGAUUGAUCUGCCUUCCUUAAAGGCGUUAGCACUCAGAAAUAAAGAUGAUAGACCUCAGAGGAUGAUGGUAACUAUGACAGAUAUAGAUAGUGCUUUUUCCUUUGCAGGCAUUAUUCUCAGUGCUUUAUAGAUAUUAACUCAUUUUAUCCCCACAACUUUAUGAAAUACAUAUUAUCCCAAUUUUACAGAUCAGAAAACUGAGGCAGAGAGGUUAAGUAACUUGUCCCAUGUGACAUAGUUAGUAAAUGGGGUAACUGGGUUCCACACCCAGGCCAUCUGUCGCCACAGUCUGUAAUUCUGCUAGUUUUGUAUUUCAUAGGAAAUCUCUGGGUGUAGCCAAAAUAUGAAUGAGUUAUUUAGGAAUUUAAGUAAAGCCUUAUUAAUGAAUUUGCUUAUUUUCUUUCCUUCUCUGGCAUACUUUCUGUUACACAGUUUUCAUUCUUAGCUCAAGUAGGACAGGGUUUCCUUCAGCUGAAAGGGUCAAAUCUGAGUUUUAAAAUUCUAGCCUGUUUUCUUUUCUGUUAAAAGACAGCAGAUUUUUUAAACAAUUCCUAUAUUAUUUACCCUUAUAAUUUAGAUCCUGACUGACUUUCAUGAUACUUGGAGAUAAUCUCCUAAAACAAAUCAUUUGUCUUUAAAUUUGAUGUACCCUAAUCAUUUGCUGUUUUCAAAAAAAAAAGUGAUCUCUAGAAAAAGAGACUAGGAGGCCUACAUCUUGGUUUCUAAAUACCAUUCUCCAGUAAAAGGAGUCAGGACUCCUUGGCGAAGAGUUGAUUCCAAGUUUGGGGAAAUGCAAGUUGAGCUUGGAACAAGUUUUAGUACCAGAAAGUGAGAGAAUGCUCAAAAAAACCCCAAACAACAAAAAAGGGAAGCAAGUCAAAAAGAGCCAGGGACAAUUUGAAGGGACUCAAUGACCAAAGCCAGGAUAUUUGAACAAGAAAAUA